ACCCAUACCGACUGCCCACUCCACUAUCCCCUUCUUUCCCCACCCCAAACCCUCGCCGCCGCCACCCACCAUGCUGCCGCCGCCGCCGGCACAGGCGCUGCCGGACGACCUCCUCGAGGAGAUCUUCCUCCGCCUACCGCCGGACGAGCCCGGCUGCCUCGUGCGCGCCUCCCUCGCCAGCAAGCUCUGGCUCGGCCUCCUCUCCGGCGACCGAUUCCGCGGUCGCUACCGCGAGUUCCAUGGAGCUCCCCCCAUGCUGGGCUUCCUUCGUUCCUGGCCCCCGUACUCCGGCCAAGGCGUGCCAGACUUCGUCUCCACCACGAAAUUCGGCUUGGACAUCCCCGACGACGGCUGGUGGGGCUUGAACUACCGUCCGUUGGACUGCCGCCAUGGCCGAGUUGUCCUUGCGGGGGGCACGGGGUUCGUCGUUUGGGACCCCAUGACAGACAACCGGAUGAAGCUGGAAGCGCCGGAUGAAUACAUCAGGGCCGCCAGCCAUGGCGCCGCGAUGCUCUGCGGCUGCGACCACCGCGCGUGUCAUCAGAGCCCCUUCGGGGUGGUCUUUGUCUACCUGCACGAGGGUGAGGGCGAGGAUGAUUUUAUUGCAUCUGCCGGCGGGUGCGUGUCGGAGCCGGCUGAGUGGAGCAAGCUGUGCCCUGAUGUUCAUCAGUGGAGCGAGGCGGGCUCUGACAUUCAUCUUGAGGGCCGUCCAUGGUUGUAUCCAAGCCCCCCUGUCCUCGCUCAAGACGCACUUCACUUCAUGCUUAGUUCGGAUGAUUAUCUCAUACAAAUUCUCAAAUACGACUUCGACUUGAGCUCUUGUUGUUUAUCAUUGAUUGAUGCACCGCUGGACUUAAUUGAUGCUGACCUUAUCCUUCUGGCGAUGGAGGAUGGCAGCUUGGGGGUUGCACAAGUGGGCGGGUUUACCCUCUACCGCUGGUCAAGGCAAAUGGGUUCUGAUGGAGUUGCGUCAUGGACUCAGCUUACAAUCAUUGAUCUCGAGAAACUUCUCCCCAUUCAAAAUCCCAAGUCACUACGGUGGAAGGAAAUACCUGAACUGGUUGGAUCUGUGGAGGGCAGUGAUACCAUUUUCGUGACCAUGGAUCUUGGUAUCUAUGAGAUUAAUCUCAAGACACUACGGUGGAAGAGCCUAUGCAAGGGAGAAAAGUUUCGUCGUUUGAUUACAAACACGAGAGCUUUGAUUCCGUACAUGAGUUUCUAUAAUCCACAAGAAAGGGCGAGCACUGUGAUGCGGCACAUUGAUGAUGUAUGAUUGAGUAUGCUCAAGUGUAGGAGGCCGCUCUUAUCAACAGGAAAGACGACCAACUUGGAGGUGACCAGGGUCUUUGUUGAAUUAUAUUGCUAUCUAGUAGCUGGUUUGAUGCAGUGGUGCUUGUUUUUUCAAACUGUUGUUAGCCUUUGCCACUAAGCUUGAUAAUUCCUUGUGUUGGUUGCACAUGUAAGAGGGUGAACUGAUUAUAUUGUAAUGAACCUCUAAUUUCAUGCUCUGUUGUUUCCACGGACAGUAGCUUGGUCAUACCAGUUUGCUCCCCCGGCCCAGAUUAGAUCCAUUCUCUUUAAAUUCAUGUCAGAGGAUGUACCAUUGAUGAGCAGAUGAUGGGAGCAUGUCCAUAGCUAGUGGUUUUGUCUCAAGAGAUGAUACGAUCAUGGUUUCUGCAUGCAAAACUGACUUGGACAUUGCAGGCUUUAAGUUUUUUGCAGAUGCCUCCUGUAAAAAACCCUCUCUGCAACCUGCUACAGGCAUUGGAAUCUACAUUUGCUGAGAGCAGGAUGAUCAUAGGACCAGCAUCAUGAUCGUGGCAAGUUGUGCUGCUGUCAGCCCUCCUCUUAAUGCAGAAGCAAAAUGUGUUCUCUGUCCAACUGUGUUUGCAAAACUAAUCCAGAUUCAGCAGAUCAGCUCCGAACAGAUAAUCAAACAUUAGCUGCAGCUGCGGCUGCGGCUUCAGGUAACCUCUGUUCCAAUCCAAGGCACUGCAAAAUUCGACCAGAUGCAGAUUUCUUCCAUGCUUAUAAUGAUCUAUGAUUGAUGAUAUACCGCAUCUCUAGAAAUAUGAAUGGUGUGGUGCAUAAUUUUUCUAGACUCUUUGAAACUGUCUAUUAUCCCCCUCUGCUUAUUGUAUUAGUUCACUUCAGCUCACAGGGCUGUGCAAUGGCCAUUGUUGCUCAGGCUGAGCACUUUGUUCAUAGAUGUAAAAUGUGUUUGAAUUUGGAAUAAAUUAAUGUUUGGUCAGAGAUUGCAAGGGCACAAUGAUCAUUGCUAUAUUUUUUAGUAAACGUGUCUGACAGCAUUAUUUUGUAAAUCCUGUAAAUUAGAAAAAAUAACUGAAGCCAUUAAACUGCAUAUAUAUGUAGGAGUUCCUCAUUUGAAUGUAAACGAGGUGUGGCAUGUUGUUGUAGAUGAAAGUGGUGGUUUGGCAAAAUGUGUGGAUUUUGCAACCAACUCUAAUGUUAAAAUUGUGCAUAUACUGGGCACUGACAUGUCAACUAAGAUGAGGGAGGUUACUGUCAAGCAUGCUAAAAAAAAUGUAUUCCCAAAGACAAGGUGCAUAUUUUCUAUCUGGGCAGCCUAAGCAAAAGUGCUGUUAUGUUCACUGCUGUUGGAGACGCCAGAUGUUUAAUAUCGGAGAAGUUUGUUUCGGUUGAUGAUCUUACAGAAAUGGAGAAGGUAUUCACUUUUGCUCAUUUUAUCAGUUUCGUAGAACAAAUUCAUCCGUACUUCCCCUCCUACCAGUUGUGACCUUUACCAUCUGUUCUUACAGUUUGUGUUAAAACAAAAAUCUGUUCUUACAGCAUUUGUUCAUUUUAGGAUAUAGCACAUGCAGCAGUGAAACAAGAAUAGGAAGACUGGGAGAAUGUCUCUGGCCUCUGACAGUGAUACACUUUUGGAGAACCCGUCACAGCUCUUCAAUAUGAGAUCCCCAUAAUUGUGCAAAAAUCAAUUUUACCAAUUGCAACUGGUGGUUUUGAUUUGUGACACGUGGACAUGCCAUCAGGUGAUAUCUUGUCCGUUGAACCAUUGUGUGCCAUAUAUCCUCGUGCACCAGGAACUGGAGAAAGCAAUGAAAAUAUAUCCCUCUGGUGUUGGAUGCCUGCGCCAAGGUUUGCACCGACGAUCAGGCAUCACGAGAGGCUUGUGUGACAGCAGUUGAGACAAAGAGGUGACAGACCAAAUGCAGCAAAACUUGAUUCAACAAUUUUGAGACAACAACGAAUGCAGUUCCUGUGCUAGAAUAUAUGUCAUUUGCUUUAUCUGGACAAUAUUAAAGUUGGUUGGUCGAAUUCUCUCAAUUAGUAAAUCCUUAACAGCAGAGAUGCGGUAGUAGAUUGGUUGUACACAAAACAAAAUUUCAGGGCAUGGUGAUGAUUGUCGUUUUUUGUGAUUUGAACAAUGUCUAUGA